AUGGUAUUUGAAGUUCUAAGCGCUAAUUUGUUGUUUGCUAAGAUGUCAAAAUGUUGUUUUGGCCGAACCCAAAUUGAAUACUUGGGCCUUUUGAUAUCAGGCCAAGGGCAUUUUGCAAUCAUUAGCCGACCCUUAACCAAACUGUUAAAAAAAGGAGCAUUCAGUUGGAGUGAAAAAGCUUCUUUGGCGUUUGAUGAACUGAAAAAUGCCAUGAUUAGAGCUCCUGUUCUGGGACUUCCUGAUUUCUCCGUUCCAUUUAUUAUUGAGGUUGAUGCAAGUGGGACAGGGAUCGGAGCAGUCUUGAUGCAAAAUCACAAGGCAAUAGCUUUUCUGAUCAAGCCUUGA